UUCCAAUGGCAAGGUCAAUGAAGUGGAAGGAGAAAUCAUGCACAUGGAUGUGAAGGAGCCGGCCAAGCUGGGUGUCCGCUUCAACUGGUUCAUGCCUUCUGCCCCCUACUGGGUUGUCUCCACUGACUAUGAAAACUACUCACUGGUAUACUCCUGCACCAACAUCCUCUGGCUCUUCCACAUUGACUAUGCCUGGAUUUUAUCAAGAGCUCCUGAGAUGCACCCAGAAACCGUGGAACACCUGAAGAGCGUUCUCCAGUCCUACAAGAUUGACACUGACAAGAUGAUGCCCACGGAUCAAGCUAACUGCCCUUCUGAGAUGUAA